AUGCAAAGAAGAUCCGGUAGAACUGAGCCUUUAGUCUUUGAUCCAGAAAUUGAAAAGGCUUCUCACAGAAACAAUGCUACUAGGAGAGUACAAAGGAGAGAACAAGAGCAACAAGCAAAUAUGGCUGAUGAUUUAGACAUAGAGAACGAUCCUCUAUCAGGGGAUCAUCAGAUUUUACCACCACGGCCCAAUCAUAACAAUAGAAGACCUCAACCUCCUAUUACUUUAGACGCAGCUGCUGGUGGAUCUUUUGAAAGAAAGGAACUUGAUGAGGCAUAUGAUUUGAUAGAAGAGAUGGCAAGCAACAGCCAUUAUCAAAAUAGUUCUGAAAGGAAGAAGCCUGCAGGAGUUUAUGAGAUUAAUACCAUUACCGCACUCAAUGCCAAAGUGGACAAUAUGGUAAGGAAGUUCGAUUUAUUGACUAUUAACUCUAUUAAUACUAUUGUGCAAGCAUGUAACAGGUGUAAUGGACAACAUGGAAUUGGAGAGUGCAUGUUGGAUUCUUUAAAUUUGCAAACUUUAGAGCAAGUCAACUAUGUGAUGAAUCAAGGAAGAAAGAACUACCCAUAUUCUAACUCUUAUGAUACUUAUGAUAACAGGUUGAGGAAUCAUCCUAGUCUUUCUUAUAGGAAUCUAAACAAUGCCUUGAAUGCACCACCAGGUUUUCCUUCUCAAGAGAAGAAGACUCAUGAUGAUCUUCUUACUGCUCUCUCUAAAUCUCACAUAGAGUUCAUGAACGAAACUCGGGAAAAUCACAAAAUCCAACAAGCUGCGAUAAGGAACUUGGAGAUUCAACUAGCGCAAUUUGCUAACAUGAUGGCUUCUAACCUUAAGGUACAAGCUAUCACUUUGAGGAAUGGCAAACAAUUGAAGGGUCCACCCAGGAAGGAGGACGAAAAGAAGGAGCAAAAAAAGAUCCCCAUCAUUGACCUUGAUGUUUUCAAAAAGCUUCAAAUAAACAUCCCUUUUACUGAAGCCCUGGCUAAAAUGCCUAGUUAUGCAAAAUUCUUAAAGGAGAUCCUGAGCAAGAAAAGGAAGAUCGAUGAUCAAGGAACGAAAGCUUUAGCAGAUUUAGGUGCAAGCGUUAAUCUUAUGUCUUAUGAAGUUUUCAAAAUGUUGGGGAUGGCAGAGCUGAAACCAACAAGAAUGUCUUUACAAUUCGCGGAUCGAUCAAUCAAAUAUCCAAGAGGAAUUGUAGAAGAUGUGCUCGUCAAGAUAAGUAAAUUUAUUUUUCCUGUUGAUUUUGUUAUUCUUGACGAUGAGGAUAGAGAAGGAUCCCUAAUUCUUGGAAGACCUUUCCUUGCAACUGCAAGAGCAUUGAUUGAUGUCUAUGAGGACACCUUAAAUGUUAAAAAUAAAGUGACCAUUGAUAAAGGUGACAUUAAUGAUCAAAGCAUCAAAGGUGAGGAAGAAAAUUGCGCUCUAGGUGGUCUGGACCAUUCAUAA